AUAUUGCAACUACCCUUGCUUAUCGCCUGACUUCAUUUCAUUUCAUUCGAGGAAAGAGGAACACGUGCAUCUCAACGGUUUUUUGCUCCUGCGUUUUAUUCUCAUUUCACGAAUAUUACGAAAACUGCAGAAUUAAAAUGGCGAAUCAGUCAUCAGUGAAGCUGACAGUGACGGACGCGAUGAGGUAUUUAACUUCAUCUCAAAGGGGACCGGUCACUGUGAAUGUUAAUAUGUGCCCUGAACAUUGCCAAAGCAGUUUGAACCAUGCGGCUCCAGUUCCUCAAAAUUCUUACUCUUAUGCUCCAUCUUAUUCAUACGCUCCAGCUUAUCCGUACCUUCCUUCCUAUGCAUCUCUGCCAACUGUACUUCCAGCUACGAUUCAAACCCUAUUUAAUGCUCCUUCCCAAGCAUCAUACGCUAAUCCUCUUCCAAGCACUUCCGCUACCGCCAGUUCAAGUUCAUCUGCUGAUUCUCAACAAGCUCCAAUUGUUGUUCCGGUUACAAUGGUGAUUAAUACUCCUCAACCUUCAAACUGUUGUGGCUCAUCAUGCAGUCACACAAGAUGCCAAUGCUAUGAAAAGAAUAAAUGUUCAUGCUGUGGUGUUAGUCGACGUAAAAGAUGGUAUAGAAGAAGAAAUUAUUAUCGUUCUCGCUAUUAUGGGAGUUACUACUAGAUGGUAGGGAGCAACGACGACACUACCUUCACCAAAGUUAGCUUUAAGUUUCGUCAUAAUCUGUGCAGCGUACUUUGUAACUUUCCUGCACUAUUUUUUCUUUAUUUUACUAAUUUUUCACUUUUAUAUUUCUUUUCACAAUCCUAAGCAUUGUUUACUUAUAAGUUGGUUUUUGUAUUAAUAUUUUGAAUUUUUAUUUUCUUUAACAUUAAGACACCUUCUCACCAUGAAGUACAAAAAAAUUAUAUAAUUUACAUAAAAAUCUAGUAUUCUCUAAGAAUCGAAAUUUUGUAAAACAAAAAAUAAAAUGCCAACUUUAAAAAAUUA